AGCUAGGUCCAAGAGUGUCGCUCCGUGCACGCACCCAAGGUCGCCGACGCGCUCCUCGACGUCGGCCCCAACGCUCUUCUAGACGCGCGAACGACGAUGGGCUGGUUCCCGGGCCUCGGCGCGAAAGAGGAGUCGAGCUCCUACAGCAUCCUCGGCACGCAGACGGAGGCGACGAGCAACCCCCUGGCCUCCGCGACGCAGGCUCUGAACAAUGCGGCGAACACGGCGCGCCGCACCGUGGGCAUCCCCGUGCCCGAGGAGGAGAAGACCAUGGAGGACCAGGUCUGCGAGAUGUGCCCGACGAUGACGUUCAAGCAGCGGCUCACGGCGCUCAUCGCGUGCUGCGUGCUCGGCUACCUCCUCGAGAUCUGCGGGAGCCUGACGCUCAUCGGCGGGCCGUCGGCGGAGAACAUCCGCAAGUUCUGCCUGCUCUACGUGAGCGGGAACCUCAUCGCCAUCAUGGCGACGUGCUUCUGGGUGGGCCCCAAGUACAUGUGCAGGAAGAUGAUGAAGAAGUCGCGGCGCUGCGCGACGAUCUUCUACCUCGUCACGCUCGUCGCCGUCGUCGUCCUCGCGCUCCUCAAGGUCGCGCUCAUCUUCGUGCUCCUGAUGCUGUCCGUCGAGCUCUGCGCGGCGAUCUGGUACAGCGCGUCCUACCUGCCCAAGGGCCGCUGGUGCAUCGUCCAGUGCUGCAAGCAGUCGCUCUUCUCGCCGUGCCCCGACGUGCUCAACCCCGUGGAGGCGUCGCUCCCCGUCGUCUAGUGGUCUGGUUUUUUUAACUUCGCGCUUGAGGUC